AUGGGGCAUCUCCUCACAUCCGAAGGGCUAAAGCCAGAUCCGGCCAAAGUAGAAGCUAUUCUUGAAAUGCCCUCUCCAACUGAUGUCAAAGGUGUAAAGCGUUUUCUAGGGAUGGUCAACUACCUCGCCAAAUUCCUACCAUUGUUAUCGGACAUGACUCAACCACUACGAAAGCUCGAAGACAAGGAUUUUGAGUGGUGUUGGCUAGAGCGACACGAAAAAGCAUUUAAAACAGUAAACGACUACCUUGCGAAAGCCCCAGUACUUGCUUAUUACGACGUCACUAAAGAGGUAACAAUACAGUGUGACGCCAGUGAAACCGGACUUGGCGCCGUGUUGUUGCAAGAAGACCAGCCAAUUGCGUAUGCCUCAAGAGCGCUGACGGAGACACAAACCAGGUAUGCCCAAAUUGAAAAGGAAUUGUUGGCAAUCGUUUGGGCCACCAACAAAUUUGAUCAAUACAUUCUUGGUCGCGAGAUUGUACACAUUGAAUCAGAAUUCAGUGGAAAGCAGUUUUCGCAAAGCCUAUCCACAAAUCGCCUAAAAGAUUGUAAAGAAUGUUAA